UCCCACUUCAGUGCGCGAGAGAAGCCGGUGGAGGGGCGAGGAAAACCUAGCCACACAACGAUGAAGCAGUCGUAGGGGUUACGGUUUAUAUCCUCAGUGGGGUUCGAGCGGAGUCUUCUACAUGACCAAAGACGCUACACCAGCCACGAAAGACGCAAAUGUAGCAAUCAUGCAAUUCAAAUACAGACGAAUUUGAGCAAGCUACCGUUCUUCAAGGUUACAUCGCCUGAACGCGCACCGCAUCCUUGCCGUCUGAGACCAGCUGGUUGUCCUGUCGUCAUCCGUCACGACAAUGUCCGUGGAAGAGCACAGCUAUGCCGACUCUUUGCUGCUGCUCCAGGCCGCUCCGGAGUGGAUGCGGGCCGAGAUCCAGCGCCUAUCUCGGGAGCUUGGCGAAACCACCAACGAGAAGAUCCAGGCGGCUGAGUACGGGCUGGCGGUACUGGAGGAGAAACAGCAGCUCAAACAACAGUACGACGACUUGGAGAUUGAGUAUGAAGGUGUAAGGCAGGAGCUCGACUUGCUGAAAGAGGCAUUUGGGCAAGCCUACUCCAACCACCGGAAAGUGGCAGCGGAUGGGGAGAGCCGGGAGGAGUCUCUUAUCCAGGAGUCGGCCUGUAAGGAGGCCUACUACGAGCAGAGGGUCUUGGAACUGCAGAAUGAGCUGCGCCAAACUCGCAACAUUCUCACCAACACCCAGUCUGAGAAUGAACGCCUGAGCGCAAUCUCCCAAGAGAUAAGAGAGAACAGCCAGACGGUGGAGCUCCAGAGGAAUCAGUUGCGUGAUGACAUCAAGGAAUACAAGUUCCGGGAGGCUCGUUUGCUGCAGGACUACACUGAGUUGGAGGAGGAAAACAUCUCACUGCAGAAGCAGGUCUCAGGUCUCAAGCAGAGCCAGGUUGAGUUUGAGGGUUUGAAGCAUGAAAACCGUCGUCUGGAGGAGGAUAUGCAGUUCUUGAACAGCCAACUGGAGGAUGCCAUCCGCCUAAAAGAGAUUGCUGAGCGUCAGCUGGGUGAAGCCCAUGAGACCAUCAAGACUGAGCGUGAACUGAAAGCCUCUCUUAGGAAGGAGCUGUCCCACUACAUGAACAUUGGAGACACACUCUACAACAGUCCUCUUAGUAUCUCUCUGGAUGGACUCAAAUUCUGCGAUGACGCCAUCACCGAGCCCAACAAUGAUGACGCUCUUCAUGGUUACGACAAUAGCUUCAGCAAGCUGCUCACCGACGACAACCGCAUGUCCAAAAAAGAAGAGCUGUUCCACCCAGCACCCAGUCUUGUGGAUGACCUACUGAGCGAGCUGAACAUCUCUGAGAUCCAGAAGCUUAAGCAGCAACUGAUGCAGAUGGAGCGCGAGAAGGUCAACCUGCUGUCCACUCUGCAGGACUCUCAGAAACAACUUGAGCAGGCCAAUGGCGCUCUGUCAGAGCAUCAGGAGAAGGUGAACCGUCUGACAGAGAACCUUAAUGCCAUCCGCAAGCUUCAGGCUAGCAAGGAGCGCCAGUCUGCCCUGGACAAUGAGAAGGAACGUGAUAGCAAUGAAGACGGAGACUACUAUGAGGUGGACAUCAAUGGGCCAGAGAUCCUGGAGUGCAAGUACAAGGUUGCCGUGUCAGAAGCUGGGGAGCUAAAGGAGGAACUCAAGACAUUAAAGGCAGAGUACCAAGCGUGUCAGUCCCGUUAUGAAGAGGAGCGCACCCGGCUGGAGAACGAUGUCACAACACUCGGAGAGAAGCUGUCUACUCUGGAGAAGACAAGAGGUUUAGAGAAAGACGAAAAGGCCAAGCUGGAGAAGGAACUGCGUAAGCUGAGUGACGUGGCCGGUGAAUCUCAGGGCAGUCUGAGUGUGGCUCAGGACGAACUGGUCACAUUCAGUGAAGAACUGGCGACUCUCUACAACCACGUGUGCAUGUGCAACAACGAGACCCCGAACCGCGUUAUGCUCGACUUCUACAAGGAGGGCAAGGCUGGGCGCAGCAGCCCCGAAGGCCGUGGCCGCCGCUCUCCCAUCCUGCUCACCAAGGGCCUCUUCCCAGAGCCUGUUAAGACUGAUCUCAACGAUGGCGCUCCAUCUCCGGGCUCAUCUCUGCCUUCUCCUGUGUCUGACCACCGCCGCGAGCCCAUGAACAUCUACAAUCUGGUGGCCAUCAUAAGAGACCAGAUCAAGCACUUACAGCUGGCCGUUGACCGCACCACAGAGCUGUCGCGCCAGAGGGUGGCCUCUCUGGAGCUGGGCACCGUGGCCGACAAGGAUAAAGAGGCCUGCAUGGAGGAGAUCCUCAAACUGAAAUCCCUCCUCAGCACAAAGAGAGAACAGAUUGCUACUCUGAGGACUGUUCUGAAGGCUAACAAGCAGACAGCUGAAGUUGCUCUCGCCAACCUUAAGAGCAAGUACGAAAAUGAGAAGGCUAUGGUGACCGAAACCAUGAUGAAAUUGAGGAAUGAGCUCAAAACCCUGAAAGAAGAUGCAGCCACCUUUUCAUCUCUCCGAGCUAUGUUUGCCACACGAUGUGACGAAUAUGUCACUCAGUUGGAGGCCAUGCAGAGGCAGCUGGCUGCAGCAGAGGAUGAAAAGAAGACCCUCAACUCACUGCUGAGGAUGGCCAUCCAGCAGAAGCUGGCCCUGACCCAGCGCCUGGAGGACUUGGAGUUCGACCAUGAGCAGACGCGCCGCACAGGCACCGGUGUGCGAUCUAAGACCCGCAGCAAGGCCUCUGCGAACGCUGCCGGCAACACCAACGUAAGCCAGGGUUUCACCUGCGCUGGCUCCGGCCAAGCUGAGCACAGCAAUGCCAUGCCCAGCGGCCUUCUGGGAGGCCCUGCUGUCUUCUGCAGCGAGAAGUACAAGAUCUACUGCGACUGAAGCGGCUGCCGAGUCUGCAAGGGACUGCUGUGUACAGAGGGGAGGGGGCCCGAGGGCCAGACCCUCCCUGCCAUUGUGUUAAAGAGCCCCACUCGCUCGCUUUGCUCCUUGGUCAACUUGUGCUCCUCGAGCGACUGCUGUGUGACUAACCAUCUGCUUGCGUGUGCUAGUGUAAAGGUUUGGUGAUGCGCAGUUGUAUGUGCAGAGUGCACUAGACAUUUGGGCUGUAGUAGACAAACAUGGCAUGUGAAUCGUAUGGCCCUGAUUAUGUUCAGGGGACUCUCUGGAUACUCUGGAGCGUCUAUUCUUUCCAUAGUCUGUGUGCUGUACAUACGAAGUUCAAGGUGGCGUUGUGCUUUGUGCUUCAAUCCUCUGCCUCAUAAGUGUUGCCUGGCAACAGUAACACAUCAUGAAGAUAUGUUGAAGAGAAAGAACGAUGUCCAAAGAUGACAUCUGGUGGCACGGGUGCUCCUUUCAACAAAAGCUCAAAGCUCAGCUGACCACUGUUAAAUACAUGUUUACAAGAAAGAAGAUUCAACAAAAAUAUGCAAUCUUGCCCUGCAUUCCGGCCAGGGGAGUACUAUUUGAAACGACACAUGAAAAUCUGAAAUCAGGUUUUAUGAUGGGCAGUAAAGGAGCACCUGUGACCUUAGCUGUUUUAUCAUUUCAGGAUUGCUUUCAAGUUCAAGCUGUGACGCUAAUGCAGCGAUACGGCUCAGGCUCAAUAGAAACGCAUGGCUUUGCAGUUGUAUGCGCUAUUUGAAGUGCUUUUCUUUUGUUGAGGUACAUGAUCAACUCGUGUCAGCGAGGAGUCAUUUGCGUGUUGAAAUGUAGGGGGUCUUUCCAGUGUGACCUAUUCAUGUUGGAUUUUUUUCAGAGCCAUAUGAGGAGGGAGACAGGAUAUUUGACAAAUCGAUCUCCAAACCUAGAAUAAGUGCGCUUCAGCAUAGGUGCCUCAGGUCAACCUUCUGGCAAAAAUAGAUUGUUUGAUUACUGUCAACAGAGCUUCGUUAUAGUUUUGAACAACAAUGAUUAUGAUUAUUUCAAAUCCUAAAAGAGCACAAACUGGAUGAUAAUUCUUCACACAGACAAACCACGUGGCGAAAGUGCCUGACAAAGCAUAUUCAUCAGGUGAUGUAACGCUUGUGUCCUACUCUCCCUUCCUCGGUCUUUGCGCUUCUGAUGUCUCCAAUUCGCCACGAGGAGCAUUAGUUUGCCAGCAUCCCUCCUCCCAAGGUCAACCUUAAAGUACAAUUGAGGAUUUGUGUCAGGUAAUGUCCUCACACUUGUGUUUAACCCUUUAUAACUCGUGCGUGUUGCUGAAGUGCGUUGAAAUGGAACCUCAUCGUCCUUUUUUUACUUUGUUGGUGUGUGAGGACAAAGCGAAGUGCUGUCUUUAGUAGCCCGAAUAGCUUUAACUCCUUGCCGAACUUAUGUUCCGCAAAUAGUAAAAAAAAAUAUAAGUGGGGCUUGUGUUUUAUAGUCAAUGUACUGCUUGUGGAUCAUAAAAAUAUUAGCUUUAUGAUUCUAAAAGCAGGGUUGAUGCGAGGGAUUCCUGCAAGAUUGAGCAAAAUUUGCAAUUUUUUUCUACCAAUAUAUAUUUGAAACUAUAUUCUUAACACAAUGUUGUUCAGGUUAAUGACCUUGCAGGAUCUUGCUACGGUAUUUGUUCCUCUCAAAUGUGAAGAGAGCGGCACAAUGUCUGCGUCGCGUCAACCCUGCUUGAGUGAGUACCAGUCAAGCGACCACUCACGGCAUGGAGAUGGGGGCCUCCACAGGCGUCAGUCACUCUUCUGUUGACAACUCACCUAUCUCAUGUUUAUGACAGUGACAGAGAGAAGCAGAGGAGGGACAACUAGUUGUUGACUUGACUGUGAGAGGAAAGUUUAUAUGGCGGCAUAUUAGCGUGUCACCUGAUCGGCUCCUCCUACCGCUCCAUCUUUACAUCAUUCUACACACGAUGAUAUCAUAUAAAACAUUCUGCAUGUCAAAAACAUUACUCAUGAAUUUGUGUUUUUUGAAAAAAAGCAUCAUCUCCUCUGGUUUGGGCUGCUUGUUGAAUCCUGUGAAUUGAUUAUGAUUGGCUAAUCCCAUUCACCAAUGACAAGACAGGGGAGAUGUUUGUUUGUUUUUUGUCUGUUUGUUUUUUCAUUUUUUUUGGUUUUUGUUUUAGUUUGUUUUUAAUCUGUGCACUUUCAUAAUAUAGAAUUUUAACAGACUAUGAUUAACCUUUAGGAAAGCAUGGUAGUACUAUGGUUUGUGAGAUAUUCAGUAUAGGAUGAUAUAAAUUCAAAUUAUGUGUCUCCCACAAAAUAUUUACUCGACUAAAGUGUUCUCCACAAACCACAGAGCUACAAUUGUUGCCUAAUCCUAAAGGAGUUACACAUCAGUUACUCAUUCUUUAAGUUAUGUUUCAUUAUAUGUUGUGCUGUUAUUUAUCUGUUCGUUCUACUGCCAUAUUCACUACAAAAAUCCAGGGUGAUCUAAUUCUGGGGUUUUUCAUGUAUUUAUUAUUCCUAGGAAUAGUUCAAAAUAACUCUAUGAAACUUGACAACGCUCUCACUUGGACCGGUAAGUUAUGUCUCGGGAAUAUUUGAGCGAUAUGACUUUUCCUAACUUCUUACCGAGGGCGUUCCACUGAAACGGGAUCACUGACCUUCAGAAUUCUCUGCAAUAGCGACCAUGAAAUUCCAAAUUGGAAUUGUUUCAUUCUCUCUUGGUUUAUUGUGCCAAAUCUUGGCAUACCAUUUAAGAUCUGACAGACAAGCAACAACUGCAAAAGGUGUCAGUCGGGCUGGGGGUCUUUUUGCGUUGUUUAGUUCUUCGUUUUUUGACCAGUAGUGCCUUUCAUUGUUUCAAGGGAGAAUUUUAGACUAGCGUUUUGUUUUUGUGUCUCUGGGUGAGGGUUUGGCACGCAAAAUGACUAUGAGCAGCAAUAAGUGCAAAGGGAAUUGUGCCCCUUUCUACAUGACUCAGAAGAUAGUUUUAGAAUUAGCUCAAUAAAUCCAACAUUGUAUUGAAUUCUGCAUGUCAGUGAUCCUCUCAAUAAAUUCAGGGGUAUUAAGAAAAUGUUUUUUGUUUUUUUAAUCAAACUUUGAGAACCAAAAGUCCCUUUGGCCUCCUGUUUUUGAACAAAACGGCUCCAAGCAUCUUUCGUGUGUUUGUGUAGCUGAGUGUGUUAUUGGAAACUACAAGCUUUGUUUGGUGAAGGUCAUGGGGUAUCAAUAGUAUUAUUGGAAAAAUGUGCAGAGAGCGCAUUUUAUCUUGCUUUUGUCAAUUUUUUGGUUUUUCAUUUUUCAGUCUUUUUUUUCUACAUCGUCUUUAAGUAAUUUGUUUUCAGGAAACAGAAAACUAAAUUAGCAUCAACAAGCGUGAGUAGUGCCAUGAUAGUCAGUGCUCGUUUGUUGAGGCGUCAAAGUCACCGAUAAGGAAGUAAAGCUAACGAAAAAAGUGCAAUUCUGAUACAGUUGGACAUUGAAAAAAAAAUGAUAAUUUUCUGUUUGCUGGAAGCCACAGCAUUGUGAUGAUUAAACUAGCUGUGCAAACUUUAUAUUGUCAUAUUGUGUUUUCAGUAUUGAUCCAUAAUAAGAGGGACAUCUUUAUAUGAAAUAAUAACUUCACUAGUAUGUUAAUAUUUAUUUGAAUUGUCAUGCAGUACUGUAUUCAUAUCAAUAAUGUGCAUUAUGAUGAGUGGUCUUGAUUACAAGUAAAUGUCAUAUGCAUGUUUAUCAGCUUAUGGGACCUUUACACAGCAGUGAAAACAAACGGGUAAACCUUUUAGGGUGUUGGAAAAUUAAGACAUAAAUUAAGUGAGAAUAAUCUGAUGUAUUACUGCUGAACUAACCCAGUGAAAGUGUUUGGUUUGUUUUGCAGCUGGGACGUGUUCGAAACUGUGUAAAGGUAGUCAUGCUGGCUAAAAUCAAUAAAUGUGACUUAAGUCGCAGAACGCA